AUGGAUCGCAAGAUCAACGCCAUCACCUCCGCCACACAUCAGAAGAUUCGCUACCCAAUCCCUGGGGGUGUCGGCCAAUCAACAGCGAUCAGGCAUGGCGAGGAAAUGCUCAGCUCAAGGGCUGAAGAAAGGCAAGCAAACACAUUUCCUCCCUGUGAAUCAAGCAGAUCUAAAGGGAGUAGAACAAGCAGAGGAGAAGCAGAUCCGUUCCUGACGGCCGAGCAGGCCAAAAAGGAAAGGGAAUAA